GCUUCCGUCAUCAGUUUCUAUUGCACAAGGCUCUUAAAACAAUUAGAAAAUAUCAAUUUACAUUUUUCAAAAGAAAAACACAACAACAAACAAUGAAAUUCAAUACAAUUUUUAUUUUUGUUGCCCUAAUUGUGGCUGCUUUCGUUGGCCAAAGUGAGGCUGGCUGGCUGAAGAAAGUCGGCAAGAAAAUUGAACGUGUUGGUCAACAUACUCGUGAUGCCACCAUUCAAGGCCUUGGUGUCGCUCAACAGGCUGCAAAUGUAGUUGCAACAGUCAAAGGAAAAUAAUCCCGCUAAUUUAAAUAUUAAAUUAAUAAAGUAGAUCCCAGUUCCAGGAUGAAUAAUUAACUUUUGUACUGUCAACUCUUGUACGCUCUUCGUACAUCCCCUAAAAAGAUUAAACUUUUGAAUAAUAACUUUUAUAAAAUGUAAAAAUAA